AUGUACUCCGUUCAAACAAUUAAUUUUAACUAUGAAGAACUACGGAAAAAACUCGACUCGUUUGAAGAUAUUAAUAGUUAUGUAGAUAAUGUCAAGAAAACUUUGAUAUUAAAAAAACAACAAUGGCAAAAUACCCUUGCAUCAGAAAAAAGUAACAUAACACGCCAUAAUGAAGAAAUAAAAUCGUUUGAGAAAAAUCAAAAGAGUUUGAUUGCAAGUGAGGCUAAAUUUAUUCAAGAUAAAUCAGAAAAAAAAGAAAUUCACAAGUUGCAAACAGAAGUCUCAAAUCUGAAAAUUGAUGAGAACACGAUAAUCGAACGUAAAAAUUUUCUGGUGAUGCAAAUAGACGCCAUGAAAAAAGAAAUCCAAAAACAACGCGAUUCCAUCGUAGCAAAGCAAAUAUCAUUGGAAGCGCAACUCUCAAAAAAUGAACCGGAAUUAAAGCGGUUUGCAGAUCGCUUGGCUUUUACAAUGGAAGGAGCGCGAGAUGAUGCGAUUAUUUUCUCAUUCACAUGUAUCUAUGAGAAUGAUUCAUCGCAACCAUGUUCAUUCACUCUUGAUGUCGGAGAAUCAAUUUACACAGUACUCGAAUGUAAUCCACCUCUAGAUCAGAUAGAAGAGUUAGUGGCGCAGUUAAAUGAAUCACGUGAUUUUUAUACUUUUGUGAAGAGAAUGAGACAUGCUUUCCGAAAACAAGUUCAGUGA